AUGGUUUCAUUAUUCAAAGGGAGUAAAGUUCCACUCACGAAAGAGGGACCUACGUCUAAGAAGCCUCCGAAUACAGCAUUUAGACAGCAAAGACUAAAGGCAUGGCAACCUAUACUAUCACCUCAAAGCGUGCUUCCGUUGUUGAUAUUUGUCGCAUGUAUCUUCACUCCUAUUGGGAUUGGGCUUAUUGUGAGCGCUACUAAGGUACAAGAUCUAACAAUUGACUAUAGUCAUUGUGAUACUAAGGCCUCCACAACUGAUUUUGCUGAUAUACCAAAAAAAUACAUUAAACAUCACUUCAAGAAUAAACUUGAAAAUAAACCACAAUGGAAGCUUACUGAAGACGAAAGUGGAGAAAUGUCAUGUGAACUUCGGUUCGAAAUCCCAAACUACAUCAAGAAAUCUGUUUUUGUAUAUUAUAAGUUGACCAAUUUCUAUCAAAAUCAUCGCAGGUAUGUUCAAUCAUUUGAUACAAAGCAAAUUUUAGGGGAGCCUAUUAAGUUAGAUGACUUGGAUACAAGUUGUAGUCCUAUAAGGAGUAGGGAGGAUAAAAUAAUAUAUCCCUGUGGGUUGAUUGCUAAUUCUAUGUUCAAUGAUACAUUCUCUCAAAUUUUAAGUGGUGUUGACGAUACAGAAGACUACCAUUUGACGAACAAGGAUAUAUCGUGGAGUAUAGAUCGUCACAGAUUUAAAGUUACCAAGUAUAAUGCUAGUGAAAUUGUUCCACCACCAAACUGGAUGAAGAAGUAUCCCGAAGGAUAUACUGAUGAUAAUAUUCCUAAUAUUCAUACUUGGGAAGAAUUCCAAGUAUGGAUGAGGACUGCAGCGUUCCCCAAGUUUUACAAGCUAGCGUUGAAAAACGAAUCUGCUCCUUUGCCAAAGGGUAAGUAUCAAAUGAAUAUUGAAUUAAAUUAUCCAAUCUCACUAUUUGGUGGCACAAAAUCGUUUGUAUUAACCACAAAUGGUGCUAUCGGUGGAAGAAAUAUGUCACUUGGUGUAUUAUAUCUGAUUGUCGCAGGGAUUUGCGCUUUAUUUGGUAUUGCAUUUUUGGUCAAAUUGAUCUUCCAACCGAGAGCUAUGGGUGACCACACUUAUUUAAAUUUUGAUGAUGAAGCAAAUGAGGAUGAUGAGAAUACACACUCAGAAAAUGCCACAUUGAGAGAAAUUUUAUAA